GUUUUUAUUAUAUUAAAAUUGUCAGACUCAAUAUUUAACCUUCUUUCUUAAAAACAAAAAAUAGCGCAGAUUUAAUCUGACACCUGCAAAAUAUUUCAUUAAAUAUUUUAAAUUUCUUUAAAUAAUAAAUAACUGUUUGUUAUUUCUCUUCAUCUCCUUUCUCUUUCAAUGUCCGUUGGUAAAAGACGAAAGUUUCAGACAUAACAUCUCUUCCCAUCUCUCUCCCCUCUAAGCAAUUAAGCAGACAAGACACUGAUGAUAUGAGACGAAGAGAAAGAAGUCUUAUCACUCAUCCUUUCCUCUUAUGAAUCUCUCCGCCGACCAAGCUCCCGUCACCGCCGUCGACGAACUAGCUCCGCCUUCUCAACCGCAUCGCUUAUCUACAUCAUGUGAUCUCCACCCAGAAGAGCGUUUCUCCGGUUUCUGUCCUUCUUGUCUUUGCGACCGCCUCUCCGUCUUAGAUCACAACGCCGCUCCGCCACCGUCUUCUUCUUCCCGGAAACCUCCCUCUAUCUCCGCUGUUUCGUUAAAAGCUCUCUUCAAGCCCUCCUCUAGUGGUACCAACAACUCCAACGGAAACGGUCGGGUCAGACCCGGUUUCUUCCCGGAGCUCCGACGUACAAAGUCCUUUUCCGCAAAGAACAACGAAGGAUUUUCCGGUGGGUUUGAGCCACAGCGUCGGUCUUGUGACGUCAGACUUCGUGACGACGAAAGAAACCUUCCCAUCAAUGAAGCUGCCUCCGUCGAUAAAAUCGAGGAGGAGGCUAGGGAGUCUAGCGUGAGUGAGAUAGUUUUAGAGGUGACUGAAGAAGCUGAAAUUGAGGAGGAUGAAGAAAACGGUGAGAAAGAUCCCGGCGAGAUAGUUGAGGAAAAAAGCAGCGAAAUUGGUGAGGAAGAAGAGGAAUUGAAGCCAAUGAAGGAUUACAUGGAUCUCUACUCACAAACAAAGAAACCGUCGGUGAAAGAUUUCGCCGGGAGUUUCUUUUCGGCGGCCUCUGUUUUCAGCAAGAAGCUUCAGAAAUGGAAGCAGAAGCAGAAGGUGAAGAAGCCGAGAAACGGUGUCGGCGGAGGACGGCCACAGUCUGAAAUCGGAGUAGGCCGGAGAUCAAGCGACACCGACCCGAGAUUCUCUCUUGACGCCGGGAGAUUCUCCGUCGAUAUAGGUCGGAUUUCAAUGGACGAUUCUCGCUACUCAUUAGAUGAGCCAAGAGCGUCGUGGGAUGGACACUUAAUCGGCAGGACAACGGCGGCUAGGGUUCCUCUGCCGCCAUCGAUGUUAUCAGUUGUGGAAAAUGCUCCGUUGAAUCGAUCAGACAUGCAGAUUCCAUCGUCUCCGUCAAUUAAACCGAUUAGCGGUGACUCCGACCCGAUUAUCAUAAUCCCAGGCGGAUCCAAUCAAACUCGAGACUACUACACUGGACCUCCGUCGUCACGGAGACGGAAGAGCCUCGACAGAUCCAAUUCUAUUAGAAAAAUUGUAACGGAGCUAGAGGAUGUCAAAUCGGUAUCAAAUUCGACAACAACAAUAGACUCAAAUUCCAUGGAAACAGCGGAGAACAAAGGGAAUCAAAACGGCGAUAAGAAAUCGAGACGGUGGGGAAAAUGGAGCAUUUUAGGGUUUAUAUACAGAAAAGGUAAGGACGAUGAAGAAGAAGAUAGGUACAGCAGAUCCAACAGCGCCGGAAUGGUUGAGAGGUCUUUAUCGGAAUCAUGGCCGGAGAUGAGGAAUGGAGAAGGAGGAGGACCGAAGAUGAGGAGGAGUAACAGCAAUGUGAGCUGGCGAAGCUCCGGUGGAGGAUCGGCGAGGAAUAAGAGUUCGAGGUAUUCGUCCAAAGAUGGAGAGAACGGAAUGUUGAGGUUUUAUUUGACUCCGAUGAGGAGAAGCUGGAAGACCAGCGGUGGUAGUGGUGGAGGCGGAGGCGGUGGUGGUGGUGGUGGGUGGGAGAAGACGGCGGCUAAGGCGAAUAGUCACGGCCACUCUAUAGCGAGGAGGGUUAUGAGGCUGUAUUGACCAAAGUGUCCCUCUUCAUUUUAAUUAUUGGGAGCAAUGUGAGGUUUUGGUUUGGGGUUCUCUAAUUAUCUUUGUGAAUAAAUUGGAUAUCUACUUAACCGGAGUUAAUCGGACC